UAAAUUUUCAGUUCGUAAUUUUACAGCCUUUGGAUUUUGACGUGUAAUCCGUGAGACAACACUGCAACGAAAUUGGUUGUAGUUUUAUAGUGCAUAAAAUAAAGACAAUUGGUAAUGAAACAGUGAUAAAAAUGGCAGAAAGUAAAGGUGCGUUAAUAGCGAAAACAGUGCAAAAACACGCCGGAAGGGCAAAAGAAAAGUUAUUGCAAAACUUGGGCAAAGUAGACAGGACCCUCGAUGACAUAUUCGAAGAGCACCUUCAGAAUUUCAACAGGCAGCAUCAGCAGGCAGUUCGGCUUCAAAAGGAAUUCAACAAUUAUAUAAGAUGUAUACGUGCUGUUCAAACUGCGUCCAAAUCCCUAAUGGAGGCAAUCACAGAGGUGUACGAGAGCGGGUGGUCAGGCCACGACCUGCUGUACGUCCAAGCCCAGAACAUGGAGAUGCUGUGGCAGGACUUCUCGCACAAGCUCGGAGAUCAAGUUCUGAUACCGCUCAACACGUACUCCAACCAGUUUCCUGAAGUCAGGAAAAAAAUAGAAAAGCGUGGUCGCAAGUUAGUGGACUAUGACGGUCAGAGGCAUAGUUUCCAGAACCUGCAGUCCAACGCUGCCAAGAGAAGAGACGACGUCAAGGUGACGAAGGGCCGUGAGCAGCUGGAAGAGGCGAAGCGAACAUACGAGAUCCUCAACUCGGAGCUCCACGACGAACUGCCAGCGUUGUUCGACUCGCGUGUGUUGUUCUACGUGAACAAUUUGCAGACAUUGUUCUCGGCGGAACAAUUGUUCCAUUCGGAAAGUUCCAAGGUGUUCUUAGAACUAGAGGCAAUAACGGACAAGUUGGCAACGGACUCCCAACGCGGUUCAUACAAGAAAUCCAACAACGUGAAGUCAGCCACGCUCACUUCCCACAACGGGAACCCUCCUUCACCCACCAAUGUGCAAAUGUGUGUAGCGCCUUCCCCCCCUUCGCCCCGGGCGGAUACCCCGUCGACGCCGGAAAAGGAUUCGCCAGAAACGCCCCGCGCCUCGCCCGAAACGCCUCGAGAGAAGGAAUCGCCGCAAGGAUCGCCCCUUCUGCCUUCCACAGUCAACGGACACGCGGAUAAUGACACGAAAGACGACAAAAAAGUCGAGCAAUUAUACGACAUUCCAGUCGGUUUACCGGCCACUGAGGCGGUGAAUAAUAACGUGGAAGAGAAGAAGAAAGAGGAGAAAGAACCGGUAGAUGAAAAAGAGACGGUAGACGGGAAAGAGACAGACAAUCGUGUGAAGAGUGACGAUGUGUAUGACAUACCCGUUGGGGCAACACUAGCGGGUCUGCCAGCGGGCACGUUGUACCGAGUACGUGCGACGUACCGCUAUACGCGUGAAGAUAGCGACGAGCUCUCCUUCGAAGUUGGGGACACCAUUCGCGUCGUGGAGUACGACGAUCCGGAAGAACAGGAGGAGGGUUGGUUGAUGGGAAUAAAAGAGACAACAAACGAGAAAGGCAUGUUCCCGGCUAACUUCACUCGGCCCAUUUGAGCCCCCAGUCGCCUGUCGCCAUUUCUCGCAUAAACCUUUGUCUACGGAGUAUUUCGUCAAUCUAAAGUUUGCAAAAUUCCCAAAUUAAAUCACCCUUUCUGUAUGCUGUCGAUCACUGGUCCAAAAAUAUAGUUUAUUAUUUACUAAACUGUUUAUUAUCGAAAUACUCGAGUACUUCCCGAGUUGAGUCCCGAUUUCGUUGUCUUCGAGAUGUAGCGAGUAGUCUUUGAGAAUUAUUAGAUUAUAUUUAUCGGUGUUGUAUUACAACGAAUUAUUUAUUAUGAAGUGACGUAUGCAGAGUGUAAUCGAUUUUGUAAACCUUUUACUAACUGGAAUAUAAAAUCAUUUGUUAUUCGUAUUUUUAACCAAAUAUAAUUUUUAACAUUUAAAAUUUACAACUUCCGACAUAUCUUUCACUUUUGAUACAUUUGUAUUAAGGAACGGACAAUGUCUGAACAAAUUGCUCAGUUGAAAAAGUGACCUUAUUCAUUGAUAAUAUUAUUUAUUAAUUGUAUAAAAUAAUUAUUAAGAAUGUA